GAAUUGACAGCCAGGGCCUGACUCGUCAACUCCUUUCCGCCCAAAACACUUCCCAGCCCUCCACGCACCCCGCUGCCGCGGCUCGAACAUAAACCCUAGAGCCGCCGGCCCGGUCGCGCUAGCGACACAAAUCUCAAAUCACCCGGAGAGAACUCGCUCGCGAAGGCAAGCUGAACUCAUGGCUCGCGUCUUCGUUGGGAACCUGGAUCCGCGUGUCACGGCGCGGGAGAUUGAGGACGAGUUCCGCACGUUUGGGGUUCUGAAGAGUGUAUGGGUUGCUAGGAAACCACCAGGGUUUGCCUUCAUUGACUUCGAUGACCGCAGGGAUGCACAAGAUGCCAUUCGCGAUUUGGAUGGUAAGAAUGGUUGGAGGGUUGAGCUGUCAACCAAAGAUGGUGGUGGCCGUGGCCGAGACCGUAAUGGUUCUGAUAUGAAGUGCUAUGAGUGUGGUGAAGUUGGCCACUUUGCACGUGAAUGUCGCUUACGGAUUGGUUCGGGAGGGCUGGGUAGUGGAAGGCGUCGCAGCCGAAGUCCUAGAUAUCGCAGCCGGAGCCGAAGUCGCAGCCGGAGCCCAAGACAUCGAAGGAGCCCAAGCUAUGGCAGAAGGAGCUACAGCCCACGAGAUCGUUCUCCUAGGAGGCGAAGUUACAGCAGGUCGCCGCCACUGCCACCACCGCCUCCUAGAAAUAACAGCAUGUCACCACGGGGAGCCCGAGAAAUGAGCAGAUCGUCACCACCACCUCCCAAAAAUAACAGCAGUUCACCACGGGAAGCCCGAGAAAUGAGCAGAUCGCCACCACCACCUGCCAAAAAUAACCGCAGUUCACCACGGGAAGCCCGAGAAAUGAGCAGAUCGCCGCCGCCACCACCUCCCAGAAAUAACAGCAGGUCACCACCGGGAGCUCGAGAUGUGAGCAGGUCGCCGCCACCACCUCCUGAUGCCAGAAGAAGCUAUAGCAGAUCCCCAGAACAGCAGCCCCAGCACGAGUCCCCAUAUGCCAAUGACGCCUGAGAAUAUUUAGCUGCUCAAAGAUGCUGGAAAAUGCUAAGGGGCCCAGCAUGUUUUGCCCAUGCGCGUCGGUACAACUUAUAGGAUCCAGUCUGAGAUUUUGCUCGUGUUUUGGGUUUCCCUUGGACACACCGCUGCUGAUACCAUUGUAGAGGGAGGAGCAUAACGUUUCCGUUUCGAGUAUUGACUUUGGGCACUUAUAGCUGUCAAGACAUGACCUGGUUCUUGUUAGAUUUAUAUCACUAGAUUGCUUUUGAAUUCGGACGAAGUGUUAAUCGUGGGCUAUGUUGAGAUAUUUGUCUACCUUUUCAGGACGCUUUCGAAGAAACAUUUUCCUA